AUGGCGCGCUCCGGCGUCGUUGCGCUCAUCGCUGCCUUCGUCAUUGGACUAGUGGCGUGUCAGCUGUGCCACGCCUUCGUGGCGGCUCCGCUCAGCCAACGUGCGCCCCGCGGUCAUCUCGAGACAAUCUUGGAUCCUGCGGUGACUCCUGGUGCGGAGCCCGUCUCCCAGCCGUCGACUGCGCAUCUUGGCAUCGGCCUGACGCUCCUCGGGGCGUCCGCUGUCCUUGCCCUGUCUGCGCGCGGUGCGACGUCCAUCGCUGGCAGGAAGGCGACCCCGCGGGGGCCCGCGCUGCACAAGGUAGCGAUGGCAGCGUUCGAGAGCGAGCUGGGCGUGCAGGACCCGGUGGGCUUCUGGGACCCUGCUGGGUUCACGGCGGACGGUAGCACGGAGAACUUCGCCAGAAGGCGGCAGACAGAGCUGAAGCAUGGCCGCGUGAGCAUGCUGGCGACCAUGGGCUACAUCACGCCCGAAAUAACGGGCAAGCUGCCUGGCUAUUUGUCGCCUUCGGCUGGCCUGAAGUUCGCGGACAUCCCGAAUGGGCUCGGUGCGAUCUCCAAGGUUCCCGCGGCGGGUUGGGCGCAGAUCGUGGCGUACGGCGCGUUCUGCGAGCUGUCCCAGGACCAGUCCGCUGGCACAGCUGCCGCGGCUGGCGACUUUGGCUUCAAGGUGCUGACGUCCAGCGACGCCGCGGAGAAGCAGAACAAAUUGGCGGCGGAGAUCGCCAACGGUCGCCUUGCCAUGAUGGCCAUCAUCGGCAUGUUCUUCCAGGACGGUCUCACUGGGUCUGCCUGGGGUGACUGGGCGCUCUACACGGCGUCCCCGCUGCGCGCGUUCGAGAACGAGCUGGGCGUGCAGGCGCCAGUGGGCUUCUGGGACCCAGUCGGUUUCACUAAGGACGGCGAUGCCGUGGCGUUCAAGCGUAGGCGGGAGACCGAAAUCAAGCACGGCCGGAUCUCCAUGUUGGCGACCAUGGGCUACAUCACGCCGGAGCUGGUUGGCAAGUUUCCUGGCGAAAUCUCCCCCAGCCUCGGAUUGAAGUUUGAGGACAUCCCGAACGGCCUUGCUGCUUUGUCCAAGGUGCCAGGCCCUGGUUGGUUGCAGAUUGUAGCGUACUGCCUCUACUGCGAGUCUGGACCUUUCGGGUACAACUCUGACCCCAACAGGAAGCCUGGGGAGCUUGGCUGGAGGCCGAUCGGUCUGUACAGCACUGACGCUGAGGUGAGGCAGCGCAGGCUGGCUGCUGAGAUCGCCAACGGUCGCCUUGCCAUGAUGGCCAUCAUCGGCAUGUUCUUCCAGGACGGUCUCACUGGGUCUGCCUGGGGUGACUGGGCGCUCUACACGGCAUCUCCGCUGCGCGCGUUCGAGAGCGAGCUGGGCGUGCAGGCGCCAGUGGGCUUCUGGGACCCGGUCGGUUUCACUAAGGACGGCGAUGCCGCGGCGUUCAAGCGUAGGCGGGAGACCGAAAUCAAGCACGGCCGGAUCUCCAUGUUGGCGACCAUGGGCUACAUCACGCCGGAGCUGGUUGGCAAGUUUCCUGGCGAGAUCUCCCCCAGCCUCGGAGUGAAGUUUGAGGACAUCCCGAACGGCCUCGCUGCUUUGUCCAAGGUGCCAGGCCCUGGUUGGUUGCAGAUUGUAGCGUACUGCCUCUACUGCGAGUCUGGACCUUUCGGGUACAACUCUGACCCCAACAGGAAGCCUGGGGAGCUUGGCUGGAGGCCGAUCGGUCUGUACAGCACUGACGCUGAGGUGAGGCAGCGCAGGCUGGCUGCUGAGAUCGCCAACGGUCGCCUUGCCAUGAUGGCCAUCAUCGGCAUGUUCUUCCAGGACGGUCUCACUGGGUCUGCCUGGGGUGACUGGGCGCUCUACACGGCAUCUCCGCUGCGCGCGUUCGAGAGCGAGCUGGGCGUGCAGGCGCCAGUGGGCUUCUGGGACCCGGUCGGUUUCACUAAGGACGGCGAUGCCGCGGCGUUCAAGCGUAGGCGGGAGACCGAAAUCAAGCACGGCCGGAUCUCCAUGUUGGCGACCAUGGGCUACAUCACGCCGGAGCUGGUUGGCAAGUUUCCUGGCGAGAUCUCCCCCAGCCUCGGAGUGAAGUUUGAGGACAUCCCGAACGGCCUCGCUGCUUUGUCCAAGGUGCCAGGCCCUGGUUGGUUGCAGAUUGUAGCGUACUGCCUCUACUGCGAGUCUGGACCUUUCGGGUACAACUCUGACCCCAACAGGAAGCCUGGGGAGCUUGGCUGGAGGCCGAUCGGUCUGUACAGCACUGACGCUGAGGUGAGGCAGCGCAGGCUGGCUGCUGAGAUCGCCAACGGUCGCUGGCGAUGA